UAAGCCUGGAAAUAAAAACAGUUGGGAAGAUUUAAAACUCUAUUCAAAAGAACGUGUUUGCGCGCCUGUGCAUAUGUGUGCGUGGGCCAGCGGGAAAGGUGGGGAAGAUGCUGGAAUCUGGGAAGCUUCGCCAUGCGUAUGUCUGAACGAGUGUGUGCCGGCAUCCAGCUAUCUUAGUGGUUCAUGGCCUCCUCUAUUUUUUGUUUGCUAAUGUAGGACUACAAUGUAAAAGAAAAAAAAAAGAAUAGGAUUAAGAAAAAAAAAAUCUAGAUCUAUACUUAUGAGAGAGGAAGAGAGAGAGAGAGAGAGAAGGAUGACACUGUAGUAUCUGAACGAGUUGGCUUAGGGGGGAAAAAAUUCCUAGCGACAAACUGUACGGCGUCUCAGCCGUUGAAACAUAAUUCUACGCUCGGGUAGUGAGUCUGUGUUUGGGGGGAGGGGUCACAACGAGAGUGCGAGAGAGAGGGGGGAAAGAGAAGAAAAAAAAAAAAGAAUACGAAAGGGGGGAAAACGGAAGGUGGAAAAAAAAAAGAGUUAAGAAACAGAAGGAGAGCAGUGCUUUUAUUGACCUCCAAACAUUGCAUCGGAUAACUGUAGUGUGUAGUUCUGUUGAGGGAUCUCAGGUGUCAUUGUGGAGGUAUGAUUGUGUCUAGGCGAUAACAACUGGAAAUGACGUCCUCAAAAAUUCAAUAAAUGCCACUGAGGUGGCCAGUUAUUCAUGAGCCGUAUACUAUCCCAUCAUGCUCUUGUCGCCUGCUUCAAGAAAAAGAUAAGCCUACUGGACGUCACGACAACGACAUCUUGUUUAUAAUUCUCAAUCUAAAAAAAAAAGAUUUAGUAUAUUCGUUUGGCUUUACAACAUAUAGUGAAAAUAAAAACUUAAUUAAAUCGGAGAGUCUGGUAUUAAUGUUUUCGGAUAAGUUUUUAUUGAAUAGCUAAGUUUUCUUAGGGGUGCAAAAUGUGUUUCUUCAAGUCAAAUUUGAGGAUAAGAAAAUUGAUGAUUCAGUGGAUCUCAUGUUGUGUGUGAUUAACGUUUUGAAAUGCAAGUUUGUUGAGAUUCCUUUUGGAUUUACUCUUACAAAAAUCUGGGUUCUUCGUGUUUGUUGUAUUUGUUAAGAAAUUCCAACCUCAUGGCUCAGUCAUGUCCACUGCUUUCAAUUGGAUAGCUGCAUUCAUGCAAGACUGAUACUCACAAAAUGGCGGACAACACUCAGAAGAGAGUUCCUGUUCGUCACGACAAACCGGAAGUGGUCGAUAGCAGCGAGGACAGUAAUGAGAGUAAUGGCGCGGAACCAUUUGAUUCUCACCAGAAGGGCCGUUUUCGUGGCAACCAAGUCAGCCGUCCACCGAGCAGCCACAUCACUCGUGUUGAUGAGGAGCCCACUGGCUCGGAUGGUCGUAAGUCCGGGGCCCGGUCGGUGGAAACGGUCGAUCGAGGGGUGGGGCCCACCCCUCUGCCACCUCCGCCACACCCUGGAUCGUCAGGCAUCGAGCACAGGCUACCUGCAUACUUAAGUUUCCAGUCAUUUCCAGACCCGAGGAAUGGACUUCUGGAGGCGUACGGCCUUCCUUACAGUUAUACACACUACCCUUACCCUAUAAAUACACCUCUUCCUCUCAAUCCUUCCACACUGGAAGGCCGCUACCACUGGCCGCCUACCUCACCCUUCCACCACCACCUCCAUGGACUCUCGUCCAGUCCAACCCCCUCAGAGUUUUCUUUACUAAGUAUGCGCAGCCCCCUGUUGCCCGGGGAGCCUGUGACACAACUGGCCUCAAGGAUACAUUGGGAACAAUUGCAGCGCAGUUACUAUCAAUUACCUAGUCGAAGAUUUAGUCCUGCUAGUCUUCCUGGUUUUACUUUAGGUGCUAGUCCUUUGAUUGGAGAGUACCCUCCUCCAUCUAUCAGUGGCAGAAGUUUGUUUUCAGAUGUUCCGCCAACCCCAGGUUCAGGAAGUAUAACACUACCUGGGUCAUUAGAUAGCUCUCGUUUAACAAGUCCAAGGCCCAGCAUUGUUGGAGGUAAAAGCCGUAAGAGGGCAUUGUCUCAUUCCCCAAUUUCUGACUACCUCGAUAUUCAAAGCCUAACCCGCAGUUCUGAAGGCUCUUUACAGCUGGCUCCAUUUUUGCAACAUAGCUCUCGAAGCUCCAGUGCAGCGAGUGGAUCAUAUGGGCAUCUCUCAGCAGCAUCAGUUGGUACCGUAAGUCCAGGCCAUCCAGCCCUCCCUUCCAAUCCAUACCUAAGAUCAGGGAGCAUGGCACCAUCAAGUUUUUUCUACCCUCCAAUUCAUCCAUUGAUGGGCCGGCAGUCUCAGCACACAAGUCCCAUGCUUCACGGAAGUGGACAGAUGAGUCAUACUGUACCCAAGUUUGAUAGUCAGGCUCAGAUCUCCACAACAACCAAAGAGCCAGGCUCAAGUAGCAUCGUUAGCAGUACCAUGGAGAGCACCGGUGAGCUUCGCAAAGUCAAAGUGAAGAAAGAAAUUGAACAAUUGCAUAUAGCUGCCAUGGAUCCAGAUGAUGAUGAUGAUAACUUUGGAGACAAACCUGGACAUGCUCCACAGGAAGGGGAGAGUGAUUUCAUAGAAACCAAUUGUCACUGGAUAGAUUGCAAUAGAGAAUUUGAAACCCAGGAUGACCUUGUAAAACAUCUGAACCAAGAUCACAUUCAGUCCAACAAAAAGUCAUUUGUUUGCCGGUGGCAGGACUGCAGCAGAGAAGAGAAGCCAUUCAAAGCCCAGUAUAUGCUGGUGGUGCAUAUGAGGAGACACACGGGGGAGAAACCCCACCGCUGCACGUUUGAAGGCUGUACUAAAGCUUACAGUCGUCUAGAAAAUCUCAAAACUCAUCUUCGGUCCCAUACGGGAGAAAAACCUUACAUGUGUGAGUUCCCAGGAUGCACUAAAGCUUUUAGUAAUGCUUCAGACAGAGCCAAGCAUCAAAACAGAACACAUUCAAAUGCUAAACCAUAUGUAUGUAAAGCAGCAGGAUGCACUAAAAGGUACACAGAUCCAAGCUCUCUCAGGAAGCAUGUGAAAACAGUUCAUGGUGCUGACUUCUAUGCUAACAAGAAGCACAAAGGUGAUGGAAUGUGCCAUGUCAAGAAAGAAGAUCCUGACGGGGAUCAUGAUGCUUGUGAUGCCAGUCGCCGUGGUGAAGAUAGUCUUGGCAUGAUUGGUUCUGUUGGUCAUAGCUCUGGUGAUGGUCGUCAGUCUCAGGACAAUAUUGGAUCAGCACCUUCCUCCCAUUCACAACCCUCCCCUGACAGCAGCCCAGAGGUCAAUGUAACCUGUGGCCUCGGCCCUGGCCAUGACAUUGAGGACAGGGUUGGCAUCUGCAAUUCAAUAGGUUUAGGCAUUGAAGAAGAGGAAGUGGACAUCCCAGAGUCUAAUGAAGCUGAAGUAUCAGGUUCUAGUUCUCUACUGACCCGAAGAAAUCAAAUGAAUGCAGGUCAAGUGAUGCAGAAUCGCCUUAAAGGUCGAAUCAGGUCAAAGACUGGAUGUAUAUCCCCAUUGCCACAUUUACCAGUGUGCCCUCAAAUCAAUGGAGGUGGUAUGACACAAAUAUCCAUCACAGAGUUAACACAGAAGGGUCCACAGCCUAAAAACAGCCCACAACACAAAAGAAUUACAGAUAUUGUAGUGGGUGAACAGCAGGCCACAUGGCGAGACAAUGGCAGCACUCUACUUCCUGGCAGCAGACGUGAGAGCAACAGUAGUACACUGAGUUCCUAUAUGAGCAGUAUGAGGUCAAUGGGCAGCACUUUCUCAUCCAGAAGAUCCAGUGGGGCAUCACAGUUUUCAUCUCGAAGAUCAAGUGGAGUCUCAGCUCGGCUGAGUAUUGCCAAUUCUCCAUAUGAGUAUGACAUUACUGGCAAUCUUCCUAAUUCUGUUUCGAGACGAUCAAGUGGGGAAAGCUCUUCCAACAUAGGAAGUGUGUCAGCACUGAUGCAGAAAACAAACCUGGGCAGUCCAACCAGCCUAGGAGUGCCUCCUAUUCCUGGUGCCAUGCCCCCCAACCAAGGAAAUCCAAAUAAUGGUGUUGCCAAUGGCUUUGGAUUUGGCAAUAAUUUAGGAAAUAAAUAUUACAAUGAACGUCUUGCAAGGUAUUUUAGUGCUAGGCGAGAAAUAGAUGGCAUUCGCACCAGCACACCUAGCCACACCCCUCUACCUCAUGAAAUACCUGACAGAGAAAUCCGAAGAGCUAGUGACCCAGUCAGGACUCAGGAUCCAAGCUUCAAUUCCCUAAAGAGCUUGCAGCGCUACCACAGCCUUAACACUAUGAAACCUCUCCCUACCCCGAACAGCAUGCGCAGUCUCCAGAGUGGCAACAUUCAGAACAGCAAAGCUGGCAACAGCAGCAACAUGGGUGGAUCCAAUAACACCUUCCACUCCUCUCGCAGCUCUAUUGCUACGGAGUCUGGCAUGAAUGAAGAUGGGGUAAGGAUCAAACUGACUGAAGCUGAGCUGGAGGAUAAGAUGUUGGAGGACAGUGAGGAUAUGAUCAUACCUGAUGAUAUGCGUCAGUUCUUGAAUGAGCGCUGCAGGGAAGAUGGCUCUGCAAGGACACCCAGAGACUUGAACCCUGACAAUGCCCUGCAGGAAAUCGAUGAGCUUGAUUUGAACUUUGACCCCUGUGACCUAGACCCAGAGGAUCAGGCAAUAUUUUCAGUACCGUGUCCGCCAAAUGCUGUGAACACUCCAGGAUUCCAAACGCAAAAUGGCCGGGGUGUGCAUUUGUUGGCAGGCAAUUUACAACUUCAAACAGGGUUUGCUGACCUACACCAGGAACCUGCUUCUGGCAUCUAUGAUCAAUUUAAUUCAAGUCCAAGUGCCAGACCAAACUAUGAUUCACAUCUGAGCCCCAGUGAGGCUUGGUCACUACAGCCACCAUCAGAUGGAUGCAUGUCAAGUAGCAAUCAGCCAAAUCUUCAGAGAUCUCCUGGAUAUCCUGUUAGUCCUUCUGUCAGUGGAAGCACUCCACAGCAGCAAAGUGACCAAAAACAUUCUCAACAAAUCAAUUGCAAUCCACAGCAGCAGCAAGGCAGGAUGAUUCCAAAUGGCUCAUCCUCUAAUCAAAGUCAAAGGGUGACCACUGAGCCUACCAAUUGCAGCAGCUGCACACCAAACUCUGGCUGCUCUCAUGGUAUAGUGGGUAAAAGCUGUGUGGGUCAUGGCCCUGUGACUGGGUGUAACAUGGGGCAGCACAAUACAUCUUGCAUAACAUCACAAGUGCCUAAUGCUUCCUUGGGUGCUAUCAGGACCUGGGAAGUAGAUGCAGGUGGAGGUGCCUACCUAUCUCAACAUAACCUCAUGCAGCACCAGUUACAGCAUCAGUACAACAGACACCAGCAAGUGGUAUACAGCCAACAGUCCCCACAGAUCCCCCACAUGCCAGCUGAUAUGCCCCACCCACCAUCUCAAAUGUCCCAUCCUCCAUCUCACAUGCCCCAUCCACCAUCUCAAAUGCCCCAUCUUCCAUCCCAGUUGCCCCAUCCACCUUCCCAGAUGCCCCAUCCCCCUUCUCAAGUCCAUAAUUUUCAUCAGUAUCCCAAUCAAAACAUGAUACAUCCACCAUUGGGAGGCUACAGUCCUCUUCCUCCACCAGGUGAGAAGCCAGCUAACCAAAGGUCCAAACGAGCUAGUCCACAGGUGCAGGUGCCUCACAUUAGCCAGUCUCAAAUUCCUGCCAAUGCCAAAGCAGCAAACCGUGGUUUACCUAUCCCAAAGCCUCCUCCAUCCUCCCAGCACACUGUUAUGCCAAACCGCAAUCAGAUGGUCAACUCUUUCUCCCAGAAUAGCUCUUCUGUCAUGCCAGAGCGCUACCCGGAUAAGAUGUAUCCGAACCAGAACAUGGUGCCUUACCCUCCCAGUCAUCCACACCAGUGUCCCUAUCCCACUUCACCAUAUCCGCCAUCCACCCCCAACCAUAACAUGUCCGUCCCAGCCAUGCACACGAACCACAUGAAUCCUUAUCCAGUAAAUCCAAUGACUGGCCACAUGUCUCAGAACCCUCUUCACCCAAGUCAGAUGCAGCAAUCCAUGCUGCCAACUCACAACCAGUGUUCUAAUCAAAUUCUUCCACCGUAUGCAAGAAAUAAUCCCUACAAUCCCACAGAGAUGUCCCCUGGCUGCAACCAAGUCACUAGUUCCACAGAUCGCAAAGAUGCUUCACAUCCCAUUGAGGAUUUCAUGGAUAACUUAACAUCGAUCUCUACUGAAAACCUUAUGGAUAAUAUCCACUCAAUAUCUCAGGAGAAUAUUGCAUAUAGCCCAACACCCGUGUCAAUGCGUUCAAUAUCACAGAACUCAGGGCGUUACAAUGCUUUAAUGAAUACAUCAAACAUGGUGGUUAAUGAUAUGAGUUCUGUGCUAACUCAACUAGCUGAAGAAAAUAAAUUUCUAAAUAUGAGGCCUUAGCACAUCUAAAUGUGAUCAGUCAGUGUACAAAUUUAUAUAAAUUCAGUCUUUAGAUCAUAGUUAUCCAACUAUUUUUCUGAUAUUCUUUCCAUGUUACCAACCAAUUCAAAAUUAAUUUGUGCACACUCAUGCUUCAUAAUCCAUGAGAUUGUUUUUUGGAUGAAUCAUUCUAACCUUGGAAUAGUGUAUUAGAAAAACUGUAUAUUUGUAUGACUCCUUUCCCUUGAAUUGUGAAUCAUCUCUCUUGAAAUGUAUAUAUGCCCUUGGAAUCAUUAAAUUCUAACAUUGGAUUUUCUGUAUCAGAUGUUUUUGGAUAAUUUUCUAUCAUCAUUCUACACAUAUCCUGAGCGAAUAGCAAUGGUAAAGUUUCUGUAGUUUUUAGGCUACCCAAGAGUACCUAAUGUGGUAUGUAAUGCAUUAAUCUGAAAUAAAAUGGAUUGUUGCUCUGCGCCUUGUGUAAACAUAUCAAGCAGUACCAGGAGUCAUUGAAGGAGUUUGAUGUGUUUUGUAAAUACAUACAUGACUUUUAGUGCAACACCUUCCUUCUGAUACUGGAGAACCACUGAUAUUAAUAUAUAAAGAAGCUAUGAAAAAAAAUCCAAGUGGAAAUACUAAGUAAUAGUAUUUACUACAAUGAAAAAAAUAAAUAAAUAAAAGUAAACAUAUGAUUGGUUGCAAGGGAGACAAACCUGGUUUCUUGCCUUAAUGUGUUCAUAUAAAAGAUUUUUUAAAAUCUCUUUGCAAACAUAUAUUUUUGUACAUGUUGAAAUCUCAGUCAUUUGCUGUUAGAUAUUUCUCUAUGCAACAUUUCUAUUGUUAUCUCUCCAAUAUAAAUAAUUCUUUAUACGCAGUGUUCAUUGGGAAUGUGUUCAACAAGAAUAUUUUGAUUUGAGUUUUAAAACAAAAUACAAAUGUUUGUAUAGGCUUGUCCAUGCUUCCCCAUGUGUUGAGGAAUCAAUGUGAUUAAACCAUAGUUUUUGUGUUUUUGUUUUGUUGUAGAAAUACAUUUUUAAAUCUAUAAAUGUUUCUUUAUGGUUUUUGUAUUAAAUAGUCAUUGAGAAGACCUAAAGAUGCUUGAGAAAUUUUAGUCUUUUUGAGAAAGCAUAAUGACAAUGUAUUUACUUAUAUAAAAUGUUUUAAAAGAUGCAUAAUAAACUUGUGAAAACAAAUAGCAUAAUAUAUUUACAACACAGAAAAUGUGAGAUUUUGUUUUGUAUACCCAUCUUGUGAGACAAGUUUGCAUUCAAACUUUUUUUUAAAGGCAUUCAUUUCUGUACAUGGUUUAUAUUCUUAUCUUUGUAUACAGUGUUUGAUAUUUUUAUUUCCUUUGCAUUAUGGUAACACUCAUUGCCUCUUGUGAGAAGUACUGCUGAUUAUCUGAUGAUAUUACCAAGAGAACAUUUUGUUUUGAAUGAAAUAUGUACUUAAAGAUAUUUACUAAAACUUUUGCUUUCUGGAUACAAGGAAGGGGUGGAUUGCUUGUUUUAAACUUGUGCCUUCCCAUGAACCUUUCACAAAUGUAUUCUAAUUUUAGUUUCCUCAAUUCUUUGCAAACUAAAUGAUAUUUUUUAUUGCUCAUUUUUCUGCCUUGUUGAUUUUUUUUUCUAUUACUUUAUCUUAAUGUUGUUUAGAGAAAAAAAAAAAAACUAUUUUUGAAAAGAAACAUUUUAUAUUUUGUUGAACUGUAAUUGAUAUAAAGAAAGAGUAUUUCAUAUCUUUGUUAUUGAGGCUAGAACCCUCAGUAAGGUGCCAUUUUGUUGGUGAUGAAAAAAGAAUUCUAUACUUUGUUUAUAAUGCCUGUUGUCAUGGUGAUAAAGGAGCUAAGAAUUUCAACCCUUUUUAUUUUUGUGAUGACUUACCUCCCUCUGUCAAACAUUACAUACUGUCCGUUGUAAUCAGUUACCUUUAUCAAUAAAUUCAGAUACACUGUCAGAGCUGUUAAAGUAAUUUAUACUUUGUAAAACUUUUCAAUAGGCUUUAAAAAAAAAAGUCCAUUCUCACCUUUAAUAUUAGUAGUAUAUAUUUUAUUUUUAUAGAUUAUUUUUGUAUAUUUUAUUUUCCAAUAUGAGAUUGAAUGUAACAAUACUUAGAUAUUGCUUUCUUGAAGUUUUGUUUCAGGAAGUUUAUCGGGGUAAAAAUUGUAUAUUAUACUCAAAAAAUUACAUUUCUUUCCUGUUCUUAUUUUAUCUAUAGAAACUAAUCUUAUACAGACAAAAGAUUUUAUAUUUGCGGCACAUGUAUCUUUUUUUCAAUUUCAUUAAGAGAGCACAGAUCAAAGUGACUACAUAAAAAUUAUUAGGUGGACAAUUAGUCUAGCUAAUAUAAAAUGUACAUUAUAUUUCUUGGACAUUCUUUUAAUUGCAGUCAAUUGUUAAACAAACUUUAAUCCUAAAUAUGCAUAAUUAUAUAAUGAGAACAUAAUUAAGGAUGCUUAGCCUGUUAAGACUAUCUAGAAAUAAUAUAUAUAUAUAUAUAUGGCUCCUUCUGUCUCAAAAGACAUGGAUGUGGCCAAAUGAGUUACUUUUAUCAGUUUCUCCUUGAAUCGAGGCAGGAUCUGUUGUGACUAAACAAUCUGAUUCUGGAGCUGCAAACUUUGCCACAGUUCAUGCAUGUGAAUACAUCUUUUUUAGGACCAUUGGAUAGGGCAGCUUUCUUCCUCUUUCUCUUGUCUAAUGCUAUCUCAGUCCUUUACUUUAGCUUGUGCUUGUAACUACACCACCUUAAUGUUAACAAUGUAGGCAAACAAUUAUUUAAUUACUUUAAUUACUGUUUAUUGCAGAAUUAUUUUUUUUAUUUUUUUUUUAAUUUAAAUAUUCAAUUGGUUUCUGAAAUGCAAAUAUAAUUUGAUUCAACUGAAUUGAGAGUAAAACCUACUACCUCCUGUAUUUAUUACUAAUUAGAAAAUAAAGGUUAGCUUUGGUUUAGGGUCAAUACAGUUUGAGAACAAAUGAAACUUUGAAAACUUGUAGUUAAAGGAAAGUUCUGUUUUCAAAUCAUAAAAGUUAACCACAUUUCAACAUUUAUCUCUUGUACUGAUAAUUCCAUACAAAAAUGGUGAUAAAAAUAUUUCAUUAGUUAAAUUUAAAUAUUAUAUAUAAUUUCAUUUUCAUUUUUCUUAUAAGACAGAAAAUUUUUAUUGAAGAAACAUAAAGGGCAAGGGGUGUGGUUGCUGAGUGGCUUGGCUUCCAAAUGAGAGGUCCCAGGUUCAAAUCUUGUUGAAGAGUGGGACUUUUAAUUUCAGGAUUUUAAGGACUUCACUGAGUCCGCCUAGCUCUAAUGGGUACCUGACCAUAGUUGGGUAAGGUAAAGGCAGUUGAUUGUUGUGCUGGCCACAUAACACCCUGCUUUUUAACUGUUGGUCAAAGAAACAGAUGAACUAUACAUCAUCUGCCCCAUAAAUCGUCUGGUCUGAAAGAGGUUACUUUACUUUUUACUUUACCAUUAAGUGCAAACAUAAAUGCACAAACCUUAAGAACAAAUAAUUCAGUACAUUGAAGGAGUUAGGUGACUCAUUAUUAUUUUUUUUUAGAUAUUAGACUUUUUGUGAAAAUUUAAAAAAGAAAAAAAUGUGAGUGAAUUUUUUUCUUUUUUAUGAAAAGAAUGUUUCAAGGAAAUUUUUUUUAAAUUUUUUACAAUGUAAAAAAUAAUAGUUUUGUGUAUAAAGGUCUACCAAGAUAAUUGGGUUGACAGCACAAAUCUAAAUGUUUUGAACAUUUAAAUAUAGAAUUAUCUAUCAGAGGGUUGGGGCAUUGUUUGUAAUAUAAGAGAACUGUCAUGAGUUAUUUUUGGAAGAUUUGUAGCCUUUAGAUAGUUGAUUUUUUUUUGCUGUAUAUAAUAAGUGUGUUUAAAUAUAUUGUUGAACACUUUGCAAUAAUUUUGUUUCUGUUGAUUGUAUAUUGAUGUACAUUUCAGAAAAAGUCAAAAAUUAAAAUAUGCAUUAGGGUGUUUUCAAAAAAUAGUUCAAAUACAUUUUUUGAGGAUUUAGUUAGCUUUUUUUUUUUCAAUUUUGAAUGCAGGUCUAUAAAAGUAAGCCUGGAAUCAUAGCAUUGCUUUAAAAAAUUCAGCCUAUUAUCUAAAACUAAAUACAUCUAAUGAUUGGGCUGUUGAUUGUUGCGCAGAUGCUAACAACACAAAUAUAUUAAUUAUAUUUUUGUUUAAGAAGUAGAACCAUUAGAAUAGUUAAACAUUUUCAAUUUUGUCAGUAGUCAAACUGUAAAUAUAUACAUAUUUCUUAUAAGACUAUUUUGGGGGAGGGGUAUUUGAAAUUCUUUUUUUCAACUGAUUUUUUUCUAGCAUAAAAUAUAUUUCUAAAUGUGUUAGUAUAUGUCAUUAUGUGACAGUUAGUAUGACUGUAUGGUACAAAUAAUGGACCAUAAAUAUUGUUUGAAUACAUAUCUACACCAUACAAAUUUGCACUAAAGACAAAGUGACUCUUUCUUUCUUAAAAUUCUCUGAAAACCAAUUUUUUGAUGCAGCAAAAAAAUUUAAUGAUAAUAUGUUUACAAAGUUUCCUAUUAUGGAUUCUGAAGCAUUAUUAAUUGAAAAAUGGUAGUUUCUAAGUAGAUAUUUUGAUCUCACAAUUCUAUGAAUGGAUUAGUUGCUACCCAUAGAGUGCCUUACAUAAAGUAUUUUUACCUAAAAUGCCUUUGUAUUCCUCUGUUUUCAGGAGAAAAAAAAGAUUAGAGCAAUUAGAUUAUAAUCAAAUCUUCUUCUUAUUGAAAAUAUUUUCAUAUAAAAUUAGUUGUUUUUUUUGUGUGUUAUAAAUUGGCUCUUGAGCAUAUUUUUUGACUGCUGAGCUGUUGUAUAGUGUUGAUAUUGAAAUUCAUUUGCAUGCAUAGAAUACUGUGUUCAGCAUUUUACUGAUUUCAAAACAAAAUUGCUGCUUAUUCUUUUGUUCAUAUUUUUAUUUUGCAUGUGAAAUUGUUUAUGAUUUGUUUUCCCCAAACUAUUUUUGUUUUCAUAUAAAUCCAUUUUGUUGUCAGUGUGAAUCAAUGCUCUUCAUAGUGAUAUAAACAUUUAGUUGUUUUCUAUGUAUUCUCUUUCUAUUUUUUAUUGUUAUAUCCAAAUUUGCUUACUGUCAAACUGAGAUGAUCUACUUGUACCUUAAUAAAUUCAUGCAUAGACAAAACAACAAAAAAUCAAAUAAAUAUCUUAUUCAAAUGUUCAGAA